AUGGCCGAAAAUGCUGGAGCUAGUGCUUCAAAUGAUGAUGGCGGCAUCAAAGAGCAAGAGCGCUUACUUCCAAUAGCCAACGUCGGCCGGAUAAUGAAGCAAAUUCUGCCUCCUAAUGCAAAAAUCUCAAAGGAAGCCAAGGAAACUAUGCAAGAAUGCGUUUCUGAGUUCAUUAGCUUUGUCACUAGUGAAGCAUCCGAGAAGUGCAGAAAGGAAAGGCGCAAGACUGUGAAUGGAGAUGAUAUAUGCUGGGCUUUGGCUACUCUAGGUUUUGAUGACUACGCCGUACCACUAAGAAGAUACUUGCACAAGUAUAGAGAGCUAGAAGGAGAUAAAGCAGCAAAUCAAGACAAGGUCGGUAACAGCAACACUGAUCAAGGCAGGGAGGAACCGUCUUCAUAUGGAAGAAACCAAACAAUAAACCAGGCUGUUGCUCCAACUCCAUUGAAGUUCAGCAUGAUUGGCAGCAGUAACAACUCCAAUCUGGGGCCAUUUAAUUGAGCUCCGUUUGCAACAAAGAAGGAAGCUAUCAGGUUAGUUAACCACUAUACUGUUCUAAUCCAAGAAUUUCAGAAGAUAGUCCUGCAAUUUCCUUUCU